AUGUACCUCUUUUCUCUGGAUGAGGAACUGAACGAUACCACCUACGGAAACUAUACCACCUACGGAAACUACACGCCCUACAUUGUGGAUCCAGAGACGUUACUAUGUGAGAUAACGCUGCCGGCUGCCACAGCGGCUUUGACCCUCAGCAUCCUCCUCAUAGCCAUCUUUUUACUGGCGAUACCAGGGAACCUGUUGGUGGGGUGGGUGAUCGGCACCAGCAGACAGAAGCUGACUCCUUCUGACGUGUACUUGUUCCACCUGACGAUAGCGGACGGUCUGAUGGCCCUGACCAUCCCAUUCUGGGCCGUGGCCCUGAUUGAAGGCUGGAUCUUCGGAGACUUCCUGUGCAAGGUCCUCAGCCUCGUCAUGGAGGCAAACUUCUACACCAGCAUCCUCUUCCUGGCCUGUAUCAGCGUCGACCGCUACCUCGUGAUCGUGCACGCCAGAGAGAGCCUCCGGAGUCGCCAGAGGACGCACAGCUGGCUCCUGUGUGCGGUGGUGUGGGCCCUCGGUUGGGCCCUCGCUCUGCCCGCGCUCUUCAACGACACCUCCAAGCUGAACUCGGAGACGACGAUUUGCCGCGAGACUUUCGACAUCGGCAGCGCCGUCUCGUGGAGGAACGUCACUCGCGGGUUCCGCCACAUUUUGGGCUUCUUGCUCCCGCUGCUCGUCAUGGUGGUCUGCUACGGCGUCACCGUCGCCCGGCUACUGCGCACCCGCGGCUUCCAGAAGCACCGGGCCAUGAAGGUGAUCAUCGCCGUGGUGAUCGCGUUCCUGCUGUGCUGGACGCCGUACCACGUGACCUUGGUGGUGGACACGCUCCUGAGGGCCGACGUGAUACAGUUCGACUGCGCUCUGAGGAGGUCCGUGGACUUGGCGUUGGUGAUAACGAACAGCCUGGCGCUGCUCCACAGCUGCAUCAACCCGGUCCUCUACGCGUUCGUGGGAGAGAAGUUCAGGAACAAAAUGAGCCAACUCGUGCAGAGGAGAGCCAGAAAGGAGAUGAUGUCGGGGGCCAAGUUCAGCAGGUCGACGUCUCAGACCUCAGAAGGCAACGGAGCUAUUCUCUGAAACUGCUAUAGACGUUUGACGAUAUAUAUUUUUUAAUCAUUGUCUCUUUUCCCCCCAAAGCCAUGAUAGAAAGUUAUUUCCAUCUUCAGGCAGAACAUCCUUGAUUUAGUGUCGAUACUUCUCUAAUUCUGGUUUGUGGUGCACUGCUGCCAUCUAUUGACUUUCCUGUUUGUCUUCUUCUGUCUUCUGAAUUCAAUUUCCAUUUUCCUUGCUCAAGUUGACCAUUUCCAGUAUUUGGAUUUUUGGAUGUGCUUUUUAGUGUUUUUUAAUCAAAGAUUCUUGGACUGCAUUUGUAUUGCAGAAUUCAAGCCUUCACUCUUGACAGUGAUUAUCAUUUAUAUAUUAUAUACUGUCUGAUAUAAGUAUAUAUACACUGUAAACACUGCUGACAAGUUCAUCAUUACAAAUAAACGGCAUUACAGUA